GGGACUGGGAUCGGCCCCUUCGAGCCCAAGUAAUGCUCUUCUUUUACAGCAACGGCACAUUUCUUCUUCUUCCCGAGGUCGUGGCCGUCGCCCCCAAAACCCUCGAGAUCUCGCCACUCUGCACGCCCCUCCACAGAUACCCCAACCUCCAGCUCUCGAUCCCGGCCCGGCGGAGCCACCAGCACCGGCGGCGCGCCCGAGAUGCGCCCCAACAUCGUCACGGAGGCUGGGAUUUCAACUAGGUUGAACCAGUGGUGGAGCAGCACCCCGUUCAUUACUUCCGGCGUUACCAUAAUAUGUGCGGCGAUAUAUCUGGUGUGCUUGUUGAUUGGAUAUGACUCCUAUGCCGAGAUAUGCUUCUUGCCUUCUGCAGUGGCCUCACAUUUUCAAGUGUACAGGUUCUACACAUCUGUUCUGUUUCAUGGCUCUUUGCUUCAUGUGCUAUUCAACAUGCUGACCUUUGUACCCUUGGGGACUGAGUUGGAGAGAAUUAUGGGAUCAGUCCGUCUCUUGUUCCUGAUGUUCCUUCUUGCAACGACUAAUGCAAUUUUCCAUCUCAUCGUUGCCUUCUUGGUGGAUUACAAUCCUUUAUACCAUGUCUCAUAUCUUGUGGAUGAAUGUUCGAUUGGCUUUUCUGGAGUUAUAUUCUCAAUGAUAGUCAUUGAGACAAGCCUGAGUGGAGUGCAAUAUCGAAGUGUCUUCGGUCUCUUCAAUGUCCCUGCAAAAUGGUAUGCAUGGAUUUUGCUGAUACUGUUUCAGUUUCUCGCUAGUAAUGUUUCAUUACUGGGGCACCUCUCUGGCAUCUUGUCUGGAUUUGCAUACACUCAUGGGCUGUUCAACUACUUGCUGCCUGGACCAUCGUUUUACUCUUCUAUUGAAGGCUUGUCCAUGCUAUCUGUUUGUGUUAGGCGUCCUGGCUUUAUUCUCUGUACUGGAGGAACAACAUAUGGCCAGCUUCCUACACAUUCUAAUAUGUCCACUCCACCCAGCUCUCUGAUAAAUGCAAAUUUCUUGAGAAAUAUUUCGUCAUGGAUGCCAAGUAGGCGUACAUCCACUGUUCAGACGUCUACUAAUCAGGAACAAGAAGACCCGAGAUUUCCAGGGAGAGGGCGGACGCUUGCUUCUACAGGAACCGAACCAACUGCAAGGGAGGCCAGUGCAAAUUUGCAUGCUAGGUUGUUGGAUAACUCAACCCCAAGCGACCUUCUAACAAAUUCACAGCAUGCAGCAGCAAACACUGUCAGAGCUGAUGCAACAGUAACAGCUGACCAGACUGAUACAUUUGAUGAAGAGCUUAAGAAGCUGGUUGGAAUGGGCUUUGAAAGGACUCAGGCUGAAGUUGCUCUUGCUGCCGCGGACGGAGAUCCCAAUGUUGCCAUUGAGAUUCUCAUGAGCCAGCAGGAUUAGUGAUUAGCCACAAUUCUAUAUCAAAGUGAGUGCAGCUAUCGAGCAGCAUAUCUCUUGCUUAUCUGGAGGUUAGGUUCAGAUUGUGGAUGGAUAGUGGACUUUGUAGAGGAGAUCUUGGUGACAGAGUGGUUUUCGAGAAAUGUGCCAUUGAUUGUGCAACUUGUAUAGGUGCAGAAGCUACUGACUAGUGCCUGCUUGCAUUUGUCCAAUCUUAUGUAGUACUAGUACUGAACAUGGAAGUGUCAAGGGCUCCAGUUCCAUGCAUCAGUUGACUGAUUUCAUCACCGCAUGUGUAUACGACUUGAAAGUACUCCUUCCAUUUUUAAAUAUAAGCCUUUUUAGAUA